UAUAAUAAUUUUAUUGUAGUAUUUAUAUAUUUUGGAUUGCAAAUAUUUCUUGAGAUAUCGAGUUCGAAGUUUUAACAUUGAAAAUAACCACAAUCGAGUACGAAUGAAACGUGAAAUUUAUGGUCAAAGUAGGCCAAACAACAAGACAAGCAGGUUCUUUAUACAAAACAAUGGAUCCAAACAGACAUCACGAGGUCAUUGGUAGUAAUGAUGAAAGGAAAAGUGCAAUGUAUUUUAGUAGAGGAGUCGAAGACAGUCGAUCAAAUACUCAAUAUUAUUCUCAAGAAAGAGUUAUUGUUAAUAAUAAGUCUUGCAUGUGCCCUAGCAUGUCAAAUAAUAUUACGUGCAAUGCUUGUCCUUCUACAGCGAAUGGAAACUGGUCUUCUGAACGAACAUCCAGGGCUGAUUUUCAAAAUACUAGUACAACAUUAGAAAAGGUUAAUCAAAACUCUUUAUAUAUUCAUGAUGGGAGGCAAUAUUUCCCACCCAACAGUGGUACAACCUAUGCGACGGAAAUGAACGUUGUGGGGCUGCAACAAGAUAGGAAUUCAGGGCCAAUAAAAAGCUGCGCCUUGGAGUCAAAUUACAACUUCAAACAACAACUUCAGCAUCAACAGCCCCAACACCAGGCGCAGCCAAAAAAUCUUAUUCAUAUGCAUCCGCAAUCGAAUGCAGCUAAUAUAGUCAAUGUCCAACCCCAACAAAUACAGCAUCAGAAUCAUCAUGUAAAUGCGAUAGGAGCAUAUCCUAAAGAGACUAUAUACGAUGAUGUAUAUGCUUCGAGGCAUGAGUUACACAAAGAGGUUAAAGUUGGCUACCACCCAUUGCUACCUGAUCAUGGAAUAUCAAAACCACCAAUAUACAGCGAUGUAAUCCAAGGCCAAAAGUUAAUUCCACGACCACCAGUUGAAAUGAUACGUAACACUAAAUUGGAACAAAGGAACAUAAUAAAUCCAAGUAACUCAAUGGCUUUAAAGGAGCAGCAAGCCAGUCCAACAUAUGCACGAAAAUGUCCGCAAAUAUUUACGCAUGGAGAACUCAGCAACACCCACCCAAACCAUCAAAGCCUAUAUAUGUCUACACCACAAUUCAGUUCAGAAAAAUUUAAUACUAUUCAUUCCCAAAUGAAUGUAGUACAACACUCAGACCAUAAAGCUCGCGUUUGCACAACUGAAUCAGUUAAGGUGAAUGAUAUACAAAUGCCUGCAAUAAAUAAUUAUGCUCAUCAUAGCGGUGCAAACACUUACCAUCACCACAAUGUACACGAACAGGCAAUGCAACAAUCAUCAUUAACUCCGCAACAUCAAGAACUAUUAAUGAAUAACGUCAGUCCACAUAUAUCUCGCAGUCAAAACUUCUAUAUGCCAGGUGCCAAAACACAGAUCGCUACAAUUUCAGAAAUGCCUCCUAGCACCACAAAACAAGCAGAAAUCCCAAGUCAGUAUUCGAAAAGUCAGAAAACCUUACCAUCACACAAUCAAAUUCACACCUUACCACCUCCUCAUCAUGCUGUACAAAGUACGACACACGAUAUGGUAUUCAAAAGUAAAGAUAGCAUUUGUAAUGAGCCCGCGAUUCACCCAAACAGUGCGUUAUAUUUGAACCCAUAUAAAACAUCAUCGCCGAUGGAUAGCUGUUGCAAAGACGCCUCUUCGUCUUAUGGCACUUUGUCUAACAGUUUUAGUGAGAAUAGCGCUCAACUAGGCUACCAUAAAUAUAAUAAAAUUGCAAAAGAAACAGUCACGAAAAACACAAUAUGUGCAGAAAAUCAAAAUACUCCUCCUCCUACGCCAGUAAACCGUGCAAAUGCCUAUAAAGCCCAACCAUACUACUAUGAGGCACAACAUAUAAAAUAUGAUAGCAAUGUACAUAAUACAAAUUUUAAUAUGUCAAUGUCACCGACGGCAGCAGCAAUGGCCUCGCCGUCACCAUCGCAAACAACCCCUCCAACCCACAUACAAAUACAUCAUUCAAGUCUAACCCCACAAAGCCAAUCGCAAUCGCCGUCAAAUUAUACACAAAUAAUUCGUCAGCAACAACAUAAUCAUAAUCAAAUUGAAAUGCAUCGAACUUCGGCACGGGUGCAUCAAGAAAGCGCUACUAUACACCCAACUCCAAACUUAUGUUCUUAUGACCGACACCCACAAAAUUCUAAGCCAUUGAACUCCCAGUCGGUGGUUAUGCAGCCUUCACCACAAGCACAACAGAUGGAGCCGCAAACUCAAACAAAACCCUUCUCAAACCUUCCAAUUCAAGGACAAAAACAAAAUGCUAUAAAGAAGUCUCAAGCUCCAAAAACCAAUUAUAGAGAAUUAAUAAACCAAGUUGUAGCGAUGAGAAGUGCAAAAUCGGAAAAGGAAUUGGAUUUGCAAAUUAUUAAGAAAGCCUUGAACUCUGCCGCUGCUUCACCCGGCACCCAACCCGUCGAAAAAAUAUCAAGAAGCGGAACGACUUUAAAUAACAACAGUUUGCCUUUACCCGUCAAUACCUCAAUGUCAAAGAAGGAUUACGGGGUGAGUACGUUGGGAAAUGGAUUUUUAGUGGAAAAUGUUCCUACUCGCACACAAAAUAUUACAACAGCUUGCCCUAACGCUAAUUUAUCUGAAAUACAACAAACUAUCAAGCUCGAGGAACCAUUACAUUCAUCACCGUUAGAUUUGUCUAUGCGUACAGUCAAAACGAAGGCUGAUUCUACUGAGUAUCGAUACAAUCAAGCAUUUUUGAAAAAUCUUCAGAGUGAUUAUAAGCACACGCUACCAAGGGUAGAUUUCACACCAAAUUUCGCGCUACACUCCGAUGAUAGACCGGGAGGCUCUAAAGUAAUAAUAAAUCAACCGAGGCAACAUCUGUACAACUCAUCAGAAGAGUCAAAACCCAUUAUAUUGUCUGCUGAAGGGAGCUCCUUUACAGCACACUCUCCAGCUGAACAUCAUUUAAAGCAAUAUCCAACGAAUAACUUAACUACUCGGGUGGGCACGGCAACUCUACAUAGAGAUCUAGGUCCUGUUAAUCAGGAAAAGACAAGUUCUUUAAUAUUGAAAUCAACAGAAGAAAGUGUAAAAAUGUGUCAGGUGCGCCCAAGUGUAGUAGAAACAAAUCCAUAUGCAACAACAAAAUUAAUAAAAUCCGAACCAAAUUCUGUGGCCAGUACAAAUAUUCCCAAAUCAGUCGAGCUCCACAAAGCAGCUUCCAGCAUAACAUCCAGUCCGCUUCCUUCGAAUAAUAUUGAACAUGUUUGUACACCACAUACAUUUACUGGUGGUGUUAUAAAAACUGCAGAGCAAAUUUCCCGCGUAGAUGCAAACCCAGCUGCCAAUAAAUUUAAUGAGCGAAAUAUUAAUUAUCUUGGUCGAAAGCGUCAUCUUCAAGAAUACUCAAAUUCACAACGUGUUGAACCUGUUGUUAAACAAAACAGAUACCAAGAAACCUUUGUUCAGCCAACUGCUGAACUAGCCACUAUGGAACCAACAACAUCGGUUAUAGCAAUAAAUGAACGAGUGAUAGAUGAGGUGAGAGAACGGGAUGUAAGAACAGUGGAAAAGUCCAUACAAGCUGAAAUUGUCCCUUGUUGUCAAAGGGAAAGCUCCAUAAUUAUCAAUACUAACGUACCUAUCUGCAAAUCAGAGCCAUUAACACCGACUAUGGAUACUCCUCCGCCAACAAUUUCACAGUCAGUUCCAAUUGUUCCGAUUAAAACAGAAACUAGUUUAAUAAUAGCUGCUCGCAUUAGAACUAAGGCGGAACUAAAAGGUUUUACAUUCAACACACCGAUAGAUGGACUAAGUAAUACAAAUGAGCCUAUUAAAAUAAAGGAGGAACCAAGUCUUUGUCAAACAUUCAACUCUGAACUGCCGUCCAUUCCUGGCUUAGAUGAAGAAUACGAUUCGAGUCGGCUUUUAGAUUGUAAUUGGAAUAGUAAAUGUUCUGACUUUAUGGAACAGUUACUUACGAAUACACAAAAACAGUUUGCUAAAUGUCGAUUUUCGAAUGUGAAUAUAGACUUGAGUGAAGAGCUCAAAACAACAUCAAGCACGAAUAUAAAUUUUAAAAUAUCUGAUAGAAUGGAACAGAAGCCAUUAAAUAUCGAUGUAGACACGGCAGAAAGCAGCAAAUCAUGUGAUAUAGUGGAUGCAAUCGUUGAUAGCACCAUGACGGGUGAUCGUAUAACAGGCAAAUCUCCAGAAGGUCAUUCCUCGCAAUCGAAUAUGGUUAUUACGCAAAAAAAGAUUUGUAAGCAAGAUAGGGAAAAAAUGAGAUUGCAACAGGAAAAACGUAUGGCUGCUCGUUUACAAGUGGAGAGCAGUUCGGAGAGCGACGAUGAAAUUCAUAAACGGAAAUCCGACCGAUCAAAGAAACCGCUGAAGAAAGCUAAAGCACGACUUAAUACUCACACUGAUCCGAAUCAAUUCUCCGAUUGUGGCAGUGAUUCAUCAGAUAGUAACGACGGAAGGAACUCUACUAUAAAACAGGAGGAAAAGGACCUAAUCGACAUAACCUCAAAGUCAGAAACAGAAUUUAAAAAUAAAAACCGGGAGGCAACAACGACGAAUACCGAAUCUAAAGACAGGUGCCAAACACUUAAAUCUAGACACUCAGAAUCUAGUGACACAGAAUUACAUGAUGAUAUGCAAAAAUCAACAUCAGAAGAAAUUCGUGGAAAGGAGAGCCAUAAAUUGAAUGAGGAAAACCAAUUAGAGGAACACGAGGCGACAAAAGCAGUACAAGACCAUUGUAUAAGUAAAGAGGUAGUAAAGAGUAAAAAGAAACCAAAAGUGCAUUUAAAGAUAGGUUUAAAUACAAUGACACGUUCCAAACAAAAGCGUGAAAUGGAACUACAAUUGGCCAAUGGCAAAGUAUUGCGUAAUGAUAAAAUUAUUCGCAAUUCUACAACUAAAAUUAAGUCAAUAAAAAGGAAAUAUGUACGGAAAUUUGUCAACAAUUCAAGCUCCGUAACUGCAGCUUGUAAGGAAAUCUCAAGUAAAGAAACUGAUCGCGAGCCUUCAAUGCGCUUGCGGUCUAGAAACGAGAAAACAAUAAAAGGCGAGAAAUCUGAAAAGGUACCUGGUUCGAGUAGUAAGAAAUUGAAUAAGAUAUCCGCCGCAGUUGGUAAAAGUGAUAACCAAAAUAGCAAGCCUAAAAAUAAGGAACAAGGAACAGAAUUACUUUUAGAAGUCUACCGCUAUAAACGUUCGCUUAAAAUUCCACCCAGUCUCAUUACAAUAGAUCAUCCACACAAUCUGAAAAUGGCUGCUUCGUUGCCAGAUUUAGAUUGUGAACAUGAUUCUUCGGCUGCUAGUGCAAAAUUUGCAAAGUCGAUUGAAAAAUUACUUCAGAAGUCAACACCGAAUAUGAGUAAAAAGUCUUUAUUGAACUCUAAAACACAACAAGAAGAGCAAUUACAUCGUGAAAAGCGCUCAAUAAUUGACGUGCUACAUUCGCGAGUUACAAAUACGAACAUGUCUUCCAGCACAAAACCGAAAUGUAAGAAAAGUGGCGCCAAAUACGGCGCUUCUAGCCACGUUCAUAGUGAUGUUUCACAUAGUGCUGAAUCGAGUUCGGUAACGGAAAUGCUUUCUAUACCCGUAAAAAAAGAGCCUGAUGAAGAAUCUAGUGAUGGAAAGAAACGGCAUUUUAGUAUUUUUGAGACGACUGUUUUAAAAAGUAAGACGCGAACAGAGUCCAAAAUGCAGCAACGCAAAGAGAUUAUACGUGAGAUUUUUGUUGGCGACGAUCGGCCAGCGUCGGCUCCACCUGAAAUUAUAUCUCAAAUGUCGGAUGGCAAUGACAAAAUGACAUUCGAACAAAAGUACGAACAGUUUUUGCAACAAUUAAAUAUUGUUAUAAACGAUUCUGUUUCGGGGUCCAUUUCCGCAGCAACAUCGAUCGCGAAUCAACCUGUCAAAGACGAGGAAGACACAUUAGCAAGUACCAGUGUAGCAGAAGCCGACGACAAUAAAUCACUAGAUCCAAGCACUAUUAGCAAAUCAACUAAUGAAGUUGACAAUACGACAUCUGGUUUUCGAAGGCGGCGUCCCGGCAAAUAUCUACGAAGAAAAGGCAGCUCAGGUUUUGAUUAUAUACGAAAAAAGAAGAAACCUAAUUCUAUCAACUCAACUAAUGCAAAUUCCGCUCAGAAUUCACAUUCACAAGCGAAAUUUGAAAGAAAAACAGAAGAAGAGAACUAUGAGAAGAAAGUUAAGACCGAGGAUGAUGUGUGUCGUGAAAUAAAUAAAUGGGUUUUGAAUAAGAGCGUUGGACAGAGCGCUAUGCAUAAAGCGGCUCGUUUAGGUUACAUAGACGUUGUUGUCUACUGUUUAGAUCGUAUGGGCAUGAAUCCAGAUCAGAAAGACAAUGCUGGCUACACGCCGCUACACGAAGCUUGCACAAAGGGUUGGCUUGAAAUAGCUAGAACUCUGCUGCAGUAUGGUGCGAAUCAUUCGGAAGCUGCACAUUCUGGCAUUCGACCGUUACAUGAGGCAAGUGAAAAUGACCACGAGGAACUUGUGCGUUUGCUACUCUCCUAUGGCGCGGAUCCACAACUAGCUACAUAUGCAGGUCAAACACCUUUAAUGCUUGCUUCAAGCACUGCAAUGAGAGAUCUUCUCAAUAACCACUUGAGUGAUGUAAAGAAUUUUGGACCCGACAAGAAACCGUGGAAGUUUAACGGACCAUGGGAGAUUUUAGAUCCAUCAAUUUAUGGUUAUGAUAUAUUCGGGGGAGCACCGAAUUUUACAUGUGAUAUGAGCAGAGCUCUUAGGAAAAGUUCAAUAUCUAAUUCGAUAGCGAACAAAAAACAAUUAAAUUCAUUUGUAGAGAUGGGCAAUAAUUGUAAGACUAAAAUGGAAAAUUGUGCAGUCGUGCUAGACAAUAUUGACCGGUUCAACUCCGUUCGAUUGUACAAUGACAACAAACCGGAGAUUUUAGUAGAGAAUUCAGAUAGCGAGGGAGAAAUGUUUGAAUUUGAAGAAGCCGAUAUUUUACUACCACCUUUAUAUUUACUCAAAGAUGAAGGAACCGAUAAAUGGGUUCUGUUGAGUGAUUUGUGCAAUUUACUUAAAGUUAAAUCAAAAGAUACUCUUUUGAAUAAGAUAUAUCCACCUUCUUCAUCAGCAUCUUCCACACACAAAAGUCUGAUGAGGGAACUUAAGAUGUCAGAUUUUUUGGAAAGAGCAACCUGUUUGCAACUUCUGUGCGCUGGGGAAAAAAUUAAUAUUUGCGCUUCAAAGGUUGUUUUAAUUAAAUACAACGAUAGCGUUCGAAAUUUAUUAGGUGUAAAAACAAUAUUGAUGAAAUUUUAAAUAAAAAUUAAAAUAAAUUAUGUGUAAAGAACGUGAUAUUAAGGUGCUAUACGGAAAAGUUAUUGAAAGAAGUGUAGAUAUCCUGCAUAUUUAUGUAAAUGUGUUUUAAUAUAAAACGGAGAUAAUCAAAUUUAAUAUGAUUAUUAAGAUUGUAAAGAUUGUAACGAAAGCAAAAGAAAAGCAUAAGAUUGUAAAUGUAUUUGUAAGAAAUAGAUUUAAAAAAUUAUGUUUAUGACCAACAUUUAAUUAUAAAAGUGCAUAAUAUUUUCAUAAUACUAAAGAGAAGUCGUUUUAAUACAAUCUGUAUUCUAAUUUUUAUUAUUAAAACAGUUUGGUUAUGAAAACCAAUUA